AGUGCAUUAUUUGCGGUCUGACGAAGCGCGAGCAAAGUGAAACGCAUUUCGUGUAAAGAAAUAAUAUGCAUUUCGUGAUAUAUAUUUUGCUCGGGGUUUUCGGGUUUAAAUUGGGCAAUGCUCGUUCCGUUUACGAUGCCACCGGACGCUUGAAUCUCAGUGCCAGUUGUCCGGAUUCCUUCUGCGAAUUGAGUGAUCGACCGGUGGCCUACUCAGCGACUCCGGCUGUGGGACUCCGGGAAUUGCACCUGACCAACUGCAGCCGCCAAUCGAUCACCUGGCUGGUUCUGAAUCUAACGCCCGGCCUGCGGACUCUGGUCAUUCGGAACUGUGCCUCCUAUCACAUCAGCAAGGAGAGUCUGCGACCAGUGGGAAAUCUCACCUCCUUGCAAAUGCAGCGCACAAGUCUCGGAGUUCUGCGGGAUGAGAUCUUUUCCACGGUGCAACGGUUGGAGAUCCUGGAACUAGGUCAGAACAUCAUCCACACAGUGCACAAAGACGCCUUCAAGGGCUUGGCCAGACUAAGAUUACUGGGCCUGCAGGGCAAUGGGAUUCAAGAGAUCCUAACCGGCACUUUUGUGCCUCUGGUGGAGCUAAUCCAUCUGGAUUUGAGUGGCAAUGAGCUUACCACUUUGCCACGCGAUAUCUUCGAUAAGAACAGAAAGUUACAAACCCUGCUGCUAAAUGGCAACCAAAUGAAGACUUUACUGCCGGAAGUUCUGGGCUCCUUGCCAAAUCUUCGAUUGGUCGACUUGGGACAUGCUGGUGAAUUGGACAUUCUGACGCUGGAACUCAACAAUAUCGGCAGUUUAAUCCUGGAGGGCAGUAGUCUUACCAGUUUAGUCAUCAAUGGAGGCUUUAUCAAACUGCAGGCGGGAAACAAUGAGCUGAAUCAUCUGCAAGUGGGAAACAAGGGAGCUGUAAUCGAAUUGGAUUUGCAUGGCAAUUUGCUGAGUGGUAACGAUACGGCCAGUUUUCUGAGGGGCAUGUGGAAUCUGCAGAGACUGGAUCUGUCGAAAAAUCUCAUUGAAGCACUGCCUCUGCAUGGAAGUGGUUUGGAUAAUCCGGAUUCCCAGGAGCUUUUCCUCUUGCCCAGUCUAAGGUAUCUGAAUUUGGCCAACAAUCGAUUGGUUCGCUUGCCUCCGAACUCACCAAUCCUCUCUUCUCGUCUCAACCACUUGGACUUGUCCCAUAAUCUAUUGCUUAACCUGGAUGUGGAGAUUCUGAGAGGACUGCCGGUUCUGGAGGCUCUGUUCGUCGAGGGAAACCGCUUGAAUACCUUCGACUACCAGCUCUUCCAUCAGCAGCACGAAGCUCUCAAGGAGCUGGGACUGCAUGACAAUGCCUGGGAACCUGGUCUAUAUCGCAGGAUGUUUGUCUACCUCAGCGAUCGAGGAGUUCACCUGGAGGCGGGCAUCCAAAAGGGGAACCGGAUAAACAGCAGUCAGGUGGACAUCGAUUGGCCGCCAACUGGUAGUCAAGCGGAGGCCCAGAGUGCGGAUCUAGCGGGAGUCUCGGGCAUUCAUCCUUACUGGACGCUAAGGGAUAUCCUGACUUUCACCAUCCUAGUGGUGGUAAUGAUCAUUCUGCUGAUGAAUCUAUACCACAUCCUGGACGAUGAGGGCUGUAUGCGGAGGUUUCGCCAUUGGAGAAGGUCGCGUAAUUCUACGACCAGGAACAGUGGACGACGACUCGACGAGCAGGACUCCGAAGUAUGAGCCUGGUCAACUCUUUGGCUUACUAGCUUACCCCUUCUCCGUUUCCCAAAACAGCACAGCUCCAGUGAAUAGAUGGGACAUGUAGCCAAGCUGCUCUGCAAGCCAAAUAAACGCCAAUUUGAUGUCAA